AUGCGCGUGUUUGGAUGUCGGGCGUUUAUCCUGACACCAAGGGAGAAGCGAUUGAAGUGGGACCCGAAGGCUCGUGAAGGGAUGUUCAUGGGCUACGAAGAAGCGUCAAAAGCUUAUCGAGUGUACGACAUUGAGGCGGACCAAGUGGUGAUCAGUCGUGACAUCACCUUCGACGAAUCGACUUUUGACUUUUCGAUGGACCGACCAAGUGACAAUGAUGAAGAUGCGGAGUUGGACCUCGACCUCCUGGCGAUCAACGAGGACGACGUGCGUCAAACCGUCUACAAGCAGACUGGCAAGCGCAAGAGUGAAGCAAGACCCGGCAUGUCACGUUCAGCUCGCCCUCGAACUGGAUUGGAACAAGCAAGUGCGCCGGAACACGUCUCCAACCGUCACCAGAAACGACGAUCAAGUGCUCCAGAAACGAUGUCUGAUGACGAAGAAGAUGCAAGCGUCUACGAUCAAGAUGACGACUCGACACCUCCAACAUUUUGGCGUGCAAGUGCAAACGCAGUGGAAGCAACGGACCUAGCAGAACCUGUGACUUUUCAAGACGCGAUCAAUGGUCCUGAUCAAGCUCACUGGCGAAAUGCUGUGAAGGCGGAACUCAAGUCGAUGCAUCUUCGUGGAGUUUUCCGUGCGGCAAAACUACCAAGAGGCCAGGGCGCGAUCGGCACCAAGUGGCUGUUCAAGAUCAAGCCCAAAGCGGAUGGAUCGGUCGAGAAAUACAAGGCGCGUCUCGUUGCCAAGGGCUUCAAGCAGAAGUAA